AUGGAGACGAGUUCAGCGCCGGCGCCCGUUGAUGGGGAGGUAAAGCAUCAGGUGGACCUGGGGAACCUCAUGGCCUUCGACUCGGGGCACCAUUUCCGGUCCAUCCCGUCGGACAGGUCUCCUCGGCCUCCCUGCUUCUCUUUGCCCGCGUUUCAUUAUGGAUUCGAAUCGUGAAUGUUGCCUAUGAAAAGGUAUUCUUGUUCCGUCGUGUUCUAUCAUGGCCGGGGUUGUGAUUUUUGUGUGGUUUGGGCUACAGGCAAGAGUUGAAGAGGGAGUGCCUAGAGAAGGCGACCGAGCUUGUUCAGGCGGUGGCCAACGAGCUCUUCGGAUUGCCUGCCACAGAGGACCGUGACGGUCCUAUUGUUACCCUCCCGAAGCCCACCACCAAGCUGCCGAGGGAGAAACACGUAAGCUUUCAAUCGCCUUAAUUUACUUCCUUUCUCUCUGCUCCCUUUUUUUAUUUACUUUUUUCUUCUUCCUUUGGGUAUGAAAGAUAUAUACAUAAUCUCAUCCUGAAAUUGGAAUUCAUGGUUCUUCUCCAAGCAUAAUUUAUACGCUCUUUCAUUCGAAGAAGCAAGACGGGAAAAUGUCUUCUUAUUGAUUAUAUUUCCUUCCCUAGUUUAAUUCCAUGCUUUUUUCUACAUCUUACUAGAUGUGCAUAAUUGUUGGUCUUUUUGCAGCUCCCAAAACCCAAGCCUCCUACGAAGUGGGAAGAGUUUGCCAAAAUGAAGGGUGCGCAAUCUGAUUUUUCCUGUUAUGAAAUUUGGAUUGAGUCGUUUCUUCAUGUGGUCUCCACGGUUGCUAAUACUGUUGUUCUGGUAUGUUUGGAUUCUCAUAUUAUGCGAUUUUGUUUCCAGGAAUAAAGAACAGAAAGAAGGACAAGCGUGUGUUUGAUGAACAAACAGGCACUUGGAAACGCCGCCAUGGUUAUGAUCGUGUGAAUGACGACAAAGAUAUUCCAAUUAUUGACGCUAAAUUAACAGAUGGUAAUUUUGGCCCCUGAAUUUUCCCUUUGCAGAAAUUUCCUAGUUGAUGGUUUAUUGUCAUCUUAGAUUUUAAGGGAAAAAAAAAGCACCGAGUAACACAUGGCAACCCAAGAUUUGGUGGGACAUAUUUUUCCCUAGUAACGAUUUGACUUAAUUUUGAUGGUUUAUAUCCUAAAUUUGACGCCAUGAUUGUCUUUUUUGUCCUGGUUGUAUGAUAUUUCUUGAAAAUAUCAUCUAGUUGGCCUAUCAUUAUAUCUCAAUCAUUCACCAGGAAGUUGGUAUUUAUCACAACUUUGAAUUUCUGAUAUGUGCAGGGAUGAUGCUGAAAUUUCGGUACAUAUUUUAUGGUUAUUUUUGGCGGCACACAUAUCACUGUGAUAAUGUUUGACAUUAAGUUUCUGUGAUUCAAAUCUUAGAAACCAUAUGCCCGUCAAUUCUCUUUUACUACCGAGUAUUUCUCCAUGGCUUCAUUUAUUUGUGGCUUGUAUCCUCUCAAGUACAAGAUCGCUUUCUAGAGAGGAUUGCUCCUGAAGUCAGGAUUCUCUUUCUUCUUAUGAACAAAAAAUUUCUAAUUCUGGCGCGGAAGCACGAUUAUCUUGUCGGAAUAGGGGAAGUUUGAACGGUGCUGUCUUCGUGAUAGACUACUUUCAACACAUUCAUCCUCGUUGUUACAGAGCCGGGAGAGGAUCCUUUCAGUAAGCGGAACGCUGAGAAGAAGCAACGAAUUGAGAAGCAAGAAAAGAACCGACUGAAGAAUUUGAAGAAUGCCUCAAAAGCUGAUGCCUUGCCCAGGUUAGUCUUGCGUUGGCCCAUGCUUUGAUCAAUGAUUCCUUCGAAUUCAGAGCUCCAAUUGGAUGCAUUGAGUCUCAGAAUUCACUAUUUCUAUGAAUGGGGUCCCUUUUCUGUGGCAGUCACAUACAACUGGCAGCGACAGCAUUGCCAAUCACAGGAACCCAGAAAGACCUACCCAAGAAGGCCAGCAAAAAGGAGCUGGAGAACGUAGCUGGGAUGGCAGCAUCUUCGACAGCCAGUAUUGGCAAAUUCGACAAGAAGCUACCAGGAGAGAAGCCUCCGAAGCAUCCUGGGAAGUACCGGAAGGUUCUUUCUUGCCCAACCCUCCUUGCUUUGAAAAUACUAGAACUUUUACAUGAUUGAUGAGAGUGAUGAUAAAAUAUGCUUCUCCGACGCUGCGUUCUCUCUAGUUUCUCCCAGUUGUAGAAGGAAAAGGGAUGGGGACACAAGAAAAACAGCAGACUGAUAAGAUUCUGAACAAGCUCCUUUCAAGAGAUGCCAGUGAGAUACUUGAUGUCAACAAGGCGAGUCUGCUUUUCAGUUUGCACUUUUCUUCAUGAAUGCCCUUUCAGUGCGAAUUAUGAACAAAUGAAAGUUACUGAUUCUUCCAUCCUGGACAGGCCGUAAAGGUGUUCAACUUACAAGGUGACAAGAACAGGAAGGAUAAAUACUCCAAUUCUAGCAAGCUGAAAGCCAGGAAGAAACCACUGAAGAAAUCUUCAAAAAAGGGCAAUUAG